ACAGGCAGGGGGGCAUUGGGGACAGACAGGGAGGAGAAGGCAGUGGGGUGGGGGAGCCGGGGACAUCGCGGUUGCCAGGGAAGCCAUGGAGCCAGCCGCACCCCAAGAUGAGGGUCUCAAGAAGAAGCAGCCCAAGAAACCUGUGCCCGAGCUCCUGCCCAGGCCCCCCCGCGCCCUGUUCUGCCUGACCCUCCAGAACCCCCUGAGGAAGGCCUGCAUCAGCAUCGUGGAGUGGAAACCCUUCGAGACCAUCAUCUUGCUCACCAUUUUUGCCAAUUGCGUGGCCCUGGCUGUGUACCUGCCGAUGCCUGAAGAUGACAACGUCUCUCUGAACCUCGGCCUGGAAAAGCUGGAGUACUUCUUCCUCAUCGUCUACUCCAUCGAAGCGGCCAUGAAGAUCAUUGCCUACGGCUUCCUGUUUCACCCGGACGCCUAUCUGCGCAGUGGCUGGAACGUGCUGGACUUUACCAUCGUCUUCCUGGGGGUCUUCACGGUGAUCUUGGAACAGGUUAACGUCAUCCAGAGCAACACAGCCCCCCUGAGCAACAAAGGAGCCGGCUUGGACGUCAAGGCCUUGAGAGCCUUCCGCGUGCUCAGACCGCUGCGGCUGGUGUCGGGGGUGCCCAGCCUGCAGGUGGUCCUCAACUCCAUCUUCCAGGCCAUGCUGCCCCUGUUCCACAUCGCCCUGCUGGUCCUCUUCAUGGUCAUCAUCUACGCCAUCAUCGGGCUGGAGCUCUUCAAAGGCAAGAUGCACAAGACCUGCUACUUCAUUGGGACAGACAUUGUGGCCACCGUGGAGAACGAGAAGCCAUCCCCCUGUGCCCGGACAGGCUCGGGGCGCCCCUGUACCAUCAACGGCAGCGAGUGCCGGGGUGGCUGGCCAGGGCCCAACCACGGCAUCACCCACUUCGACAACUUCGGCUUCUCCAUGCUCACCGUGUACCAGUGCAUCACCAUGGAAGGGUGGACCGAUGUCCUUUACUGGGUCAACGAUGCCAUCGGGAAGGAGUGGCCCUGGCUCUACUUCGUCACCCUCAUUCUCCUGGGAUCCUUCUUCAUCCUCAACCUGGUGCUGGGUGUCCUGAGUGGAGAAUUCACCAAGGAGCGGGAGAAGGCCAAGUCCAGGGGCACCUUCCAGAAGCUGCGGGAGAAGCAGCAGCUGGAGGAGGACCUCCGGGGCUACAUGAGCUGGAUCACCCAGGGCGAGGUCAUGGAUGUGGAGGACUUGAGAGAAGGGAAGCUGCCCUUGGAUGAAGGUGGCUCUGACACGGAGAGCCUUUACGAAAUCGAGGGCUUGAACAAAAUCAUCCAGUUCAUCCGGCACUGGAGGCAGUGGAACCGCGUCUUCCGUUGGAAAUGCCACGACCUGGUGAAAUCCAAGGUCUUCUACUGGCUGGUCAUCCUGGUGGUCGCCCUCAACACCUUGUCAAUUGCCUCUGAGCACCACAACCAGCCGCUCUGGCUGACCCACUUGCAAGAUGUUGGCAACCGCGUGCUGCUGGCCUUGUUCACCAUCGAGAUGCUGAUGAAGAUGUACGGGCUGGGCCUGCGCCAGUACUUCAUGUCCAUCUUCAACCGCUUCGACUGCUUCGUGGUCUGCAGCGGCAUCCUGGAGAUCCUGCUGGUGGAGUCGGGCGCCAUGACCCCGCUGGGCAUCUCCGUGCUCCGCUGCAUCCGCCUCCUCAGGAUCUUCAAGAUCACCAAGUACUGGACGUCCCUGAGCAACCUGGUGGCCUCUCUGCUCAACUCCAUCCGCUCCAUCGCCUCCCUGCUGCUGCUGCUCUUCCUCUUCAUCCUCAUCUUUGCCCUGCUGGGCAUGCACCUGUUUGGGGGCAGGUAUGACUUCGAGGACAUGCCAGUGCCGCGCAGCAACUUUGACAGCUUCCCCCAGGCCCUCAUCACCGUCUUCCAGGUGCUGACCGGUGAAGGCUGGGCCUCCGUGAUGUACAAUGGCAUCAUGGCCUAUGGGGGGCCGUCCUAUCCCGGCAUGCUGGUGUGCAUCUACUUCAUCAUUCUUUUCGUCAGUGGCAACUACAUCCUGCUCAACGUCUUCCUGGCCAUUGCUGUGGACAACCUGGCAGAGGCGGAGAGCCUCACUUCCGCCCAGAAGGCCAAGGCUGAGGAGAGGAAACGCAGGAAGAUGUCCAAGGGUCUCCCAGACAAGACUGAAGAGGAGAAGACUUCGACGGCCAAGAAGCUGGAGCAGAAGCCCAAGGGGGAAGGAAUCCCGACCACAGCCAAGUUGAAAAUCGAUGAGUUUGAAUCGAACGUCAAUGAGGUCAAGGACCCCUACCCCUCGGCUGACUUCCCGGGGGAUGACGAGGAAGACGAGCCUGAGAUCCCCGUGAGCCCGCGGCCUCGCCCCCUGGCCGAGCUGCAGCUCAAAGAGAAGGCAGUGCCCAUUCCCGAAGCUAGCUCCUUCUUCAUCUUCAGCCCCACCAAUAAAAUCCGCGUCCUGUGUCACCGCAUCGUCAACGCCACGUGGUUCACCAACUUCAUCCUGCUCUUCAUCCUGCUCAGCAGCGCCGCCCUGGCUGCCGAGGACCCCAUCCGGGCCGAGUCCGUGAGGAAUCAGAUCCUCGGGUAUUUUGACAUCGCCUUCACCUCUGUUUUCACCGUGGAGAUUGUCCUCAAGAUGACCACCUACGGGGCCUUCCUGCACAAAGGUUCCUUCUGCCGCAACUACUUCAACAUCUUGGACCUGCUGGUGGUGGCUGUGUCCCUCAUCUCCAUGGGGCUUGAGUCCAGCGCCAUCUCCGUGGUGAAGAUCCUCCGAGUGCUGAGGGUUCUCCGACCGCUCCGAGCCAUCAACAGAGCCAAGGGGCUGAAGCACGUGGUACAGUGUGUGUUUGUGGCCAUCAACACCAUUGGGAACAUUGUCCUGGUCACCACCUUCCUGCAGUUCAUGUUCGCCUGCAUCGGUGUCCAGCUCUUCAAGGGGAAGUUCUUCAGCUGCAACGACUUGUCCAAGGUGACAGAGGAGGAGUGCAGGGGCUCCUACUACGUGUACAAGGACGGCGACCCCACGCAGAUCGAGCUGCGCCCUCGCCAGUGGACGCACAACCCCUUCCACUUCGACAACGUGCUCUCGGCCAUGAUGUCGCUCUUCACCGUCUCCACCUUCGAGGGGUGGCCUCAGCUACUGUACAAAGCCAUAGACUCCAACGAGGAGGACAAGGGCCCUGUCUACAACCACCGGGUGGAGAUGGCCAUCUUCUUCAUCAUCUACAUCAUCCUCAUCGCCUUCUUCAUGAUGAACAUCUUCGUGGGCUUCGUCAUCGUCACCUUCCAGGAGCAGGGGGAGACGGAGUACAAGAACUGCGAGCUGGACAAGAACCAGCGUCAGUGCGUGCAGUACGCCCUGAAGGCCCGCCCACUGAGGUGCUACAUCCCCAAGAACCCCUAUCAGUACAAGGUGUGGUACGUCGUCACCUCCUCCUACUUCGAGUACCUGAUGUUCGCCCUCAUCAUGCUCAACACCAUCUGCCUGGGCAUGCAGCACUACAACCAAUCCGAGGAGAUGAACCACAUCUCAGACAUCCUCAACGUGGCCUUCACCAUCAUCUUCACUCUGGAGAUGGUGCUCAAGCUCAUGGCGUUCAAGGCCAGGGGCUAUUUUGGAGACCCCUGGAACGUGUUUGACUUCCUGAUCGUCAUCGGCAGCAUCAUCGACGUCAUCCUCAGUGAGAUUGACACUUUCCUGGCCUCCAGCGGGGGACUGUAUUGCCUGGGUGGAGGCUGCGGGAACGUUGACCCCGACGAGAGCGCCCGCAUCUCCAGCGCCUUCUUCCGCCUGUUCCGCGUCAUGAGGCUCAUCAAGCUGCUGAGCCGGGCCGAGGGAGUGCGCAACCUGGUGUGGACGUUCAUCAAGUCCUUCCAGGCUCUGCCCUACGUGGCCCUGCUCAUCGUCAUGCUCUUCUUCAUCUACGCCGUCAUCGGCAUGCAGAUGUUUGGAAAGAUCGCCAUGGUGGAUGGGACCCAAAUAAACCGGAACAACAACUUCCAGACCUUUCCCCAGGCCGUGCUGCUGCUCUUCAGAUGCGCCACGGGGGAGGCCUGGCAGGAGAUCCUGCUAGCCUGCAGCUACGGGAAGCUGUGUGACCCCGAGUCAGACUACGCCCCCGGGGAGGAGUACACGUGCGGCACCGGCUUCGCCUACUACUACUUCAUCAGCUUCUACAUGCUCUGCGCCUUCCUGAUCAUCAACCUCUUUGUGGCUGUCAUCAUGGACAACUUUGACUAUCUCACGCGGGACUGGUCCAUCCUGGGUCCUCAUCAUCUGGACGAGUUCAAGGCCAUCUGGGCCGAGUAUGACCCGGAGGCAAAGGGGAGGAUAAAGCACCUGGAUGUGGUGACCCUGCUGAGGAGGAUCCAGCCCCCCCUAGGCUUCGGGAAGUUCUGCCCACACCGCGUGGCAUGCAAGGUAACCGGCGGCGCAGGCGGCCAGGCGGGGGUGGCAUCCUGGGAGAAGACGAGGCGCAGGGCAGCUGGCGGGGUGGCGCUGGUGGGCAUGAACAUGCCCAUGAACAGCGAUGGCACGGUCACCUUCAACGCCACGCUCUUCGCCCUGGUGCGCACGGCGCUCAAGAUCAAGACGGAAGGUAACUUCGAGCAAGCUAAUGAGGAGCUGAGAGCCAUCAUCAAGAAGAUCUGGAAGAGGACCAGCAUGAAGCUACUGGACCAGGUCAUCCCUCCCAUUGGAGAUGACGAGGUCACCGUGGGGAAGUUCUAUGCCACCUUCCUCAUCCAGGAGCACUUCCAGAAGUUCAUGAAGCGCCAGGAGGAAUAUUACGGCUAUCGGCCCAAGAAGGACACGGUACAGAUUCAGGCUGGACUGCGGACCAUAGAGGAAGAGGCGGCCCCCGAGAUCCACCGCACCAUCUCAGGAGACCUGACGGCGGAGGAGGAGCUGGAGAGGGCUGCCGUGGAGGCCGCCAUGGAGGAGGGGAAUAUUCCGGGGACCGGAGGUCUCUUUGGCCAAGUGGACAACUUCAUGGAAAGGACCAACUCCCUGCCCCCGGUCAUGGCCAACCAAAGACCCCUUCAGUUUGCGGAGAUAGAGAUGGAGGAGCUAGAGUCACCUGUCUUCUUGGAAGACUUCCCUCAUGAGCCAAGAACCCACCCUCUUGCUCGGGCCAACACCAACAACGCUAAUGCCAAUGUUGCCUAUGGCAACAGCAACCAUAGCAACAACCAGCUGUUUUCCAGUGUCUGCUAUGAAGAGGAGUUCCCCGGAGAGGCGGAGACGCCUGCGGCCAGGGGAGGAGCCUUCGGCCAGCCCCGCAGGGCCCUGGGACCCCACAGCGCACCCCAAGUGGACACUCUGGAAGGACGGCUGACCUCAAGGAGAAUGCCCAGAGGCCAGGCACCUACUGCCACAUGCCAGCCUUCCGAGCACCAAGAGAGGAAGAGCCCCACAGCAGAGGCUCAGGAAACCCCGCACAGCAGGCCCCCUGAGGACAGCGCCCCCAGACGUCCAGCUCCGGCAACAGCCCUGCUGAUCCAAGAGGCCCUGAUCCGAGGAGGCCUGGACUCCUUGGCAGCAGAUGCUAACUUUGUGGUGGCCACAGGCCAGGCCCUGGCCGAUGCCUGCCAGAUGGAGCCAGAGGAGGUGGAGGCGGCAGCUACAGAGCUACUGAGAGAACGGGAGUCCCGGGAGGGCACGUCCAGCGUGCCGGGAGGCCGGAGCCGCCAAGCUUCCCUGGGUAGCCUCAGUCAACCGCAGGGCUCCCAGGAGGCCCUGAUUCCUCCUGGGCUGUGAAGUCUGUUCAGAAUGGCCACGGGCUUAGAACUGGCAUGACCAAGGGGCGAGAGGGGCCGUAGUGGAGAAGGACUCACCCCACACAGCACCUGCCCUCCCUCUAGGCAGCCAGAGGCAGAGCUGAGCAGGGUGGUCAGGAACCACCAUCUCCAAAAGCUAGGAGUGUGUGCUGAGGCACGACAGGCCCCGCCCCUCACCAGCAAGAAGCCUGAUUGGAUGCAACUUCGAAGGUCAUGCAAAAACGGGCCGUCUGUCACAAGGCCACGCCCACUAGCAGACAUUAAAAUCACCCAGUCUGUGAUACCCGUA